CCUGAAAAUAUUACAUAUACGUAAGUAGUAAGUACAUUAAUAUUCGAACUACUAGACAAUUUUUUUAUUGGAUUUGAAAAUGGUGGGAAAAAUCUAGACAAAUCACCCUCUACCUUUUCGACUACUCGAAAAAUAAGAAAAUCCCUUUAAAAAGGAAGGGCGAUUAUUUAUCAUAUUAAUGAUGGAUCAUUUCAAAAUGUUCGCUCCUCUAAAUAAAUAACAUAUCAUUUUUUUUUUUCAGCAAUCGUUUAAAGGGAUGGGAUGUAAGAUUAUUCAUACUGGAUUUGUAUUUGCAAAUAUAAUUACUGAUGCUUGAACAAAUAUUUUUAAAAAUAUAUAAUUUCAGAGGAAAAAUUAUUGCAUAAAAAAUAGAGUCAAGUGAAAAUUUCCAGUCGAAAGAACAGCCGAAAAAAUUUCGAUGAGGUAAAACUCGGACGAUUAAUCAAGCCUUAUUUUUUUAAAAAAAGGGAAAAAAAAUAAAAAUUGAAAUACUGAACAAUAAAUCAAUCGAGGGAAAGAGCUUACACGGAAUCCCAUUAAAUGGGAUAAGUGGUCAUAUUACUAUAGAGUAUUCUUUCACAUCACCUGCUUUUAUGAACUGCUUUUGAAUGGUUUCUUAAACUGUUCGAAUACGUACUACAAUUACCGAAUUUUUUUCCGAUAUACUUAACAAACAAGUGUAUAUUGUGAUUUUUUGCGUAUUUUGAUGCAAUCACACAAUUACAGUUUCAAUUUUGCCAAGCGGAAAAUGGAGAGUAAUAAUAUCGAAAAGGAAGAAAUCAGUUCUGAAGAAUUGGAAGAUAGAAUAGCUGAGCUUGAAAAAUGGAUAAAUGAUCAAAACUUGGUUCCAAAAUUGUCAGAGAAUAAGUUGAAAUUAUUCCUUCACAGUUGCAUGUUUGAUGUUGAUAAUACAAAAUCAACGUUGAUCUCUUAUUACAAGUUGAGGAUUCGAGCACCUGAGUAUUUUUCUAACAGAGACCCAACUGCAAAAAAUUUGCUGGAUGCAUCUGAAAUCGGGUAUUCCAUUCUUCUACCCGGAGUUACGGAGGAAGGUUAUAGAGUGAUAAUGGUCGGAUAUUUUCAUUCAGAUACAUCCAAUUACGUUUUCAACGAUCUAAUGAAAAGAUUCACGAUGACUGUUGAUAUGUGGCUUUCAAAACUGGAUAUCUGCCCAGGAUAUUUACUUUUAGUAGAAGGCAAACAUUCAGCUUUUGGUCAUUUUACCUCGGCAUCUUUGGAUAGUUUGAAAAAAAUCUGCAUCUACUUUCAGGAAGCUUUGCCAGUUAGACUACAAGGAGUAGUUUUUGUAAACAUUUCUCCGGCAGUCAAUAUGUUAUUAACUAUGGUGCAUCCUUUUCUUUCGAAAAAACUUCAUAAUUUGAUACAUAAGUAUCCCAGAGGAAACACCGAUUACUGGAAAAUGGUUCCAAGACGAAUAUUACCGCUGGAAUUGCAAGGAGAAGCUGGUAGCAUACGUGAAAUGCAAGGUGAAUUUUUCAGAUAGCAAUGUAAUUAUAUGCGACGCAACAAGACCUCGUCGAUUAUUCAAAGUGGUUCCAGCAAGAAGAUGAUUUAAUCAAAGAAAUUGCAGCUGAACAGCCGAAACCUGCAACUGCAAAUAAAAAAUUGAUAGAAACACUUUUUUAAUCACACAUUACGUGUACAAAAUAUGCAAAUGAAUAAAACACAUGAUCAUUUAAGCAAA